UGUGUGUCAGAAUUCCAACAUUGCAGUGCGUACCGAUCGCGGUAUUCAGAUCUUAAAAUUGACCCACAACAUGUAUUGUGUGGAUAAGGAUAUCAACUAUUCGGUCAGUUAUUUACCUAUUCCGAAGCACAGUCCAGCUACAGAAUUUUUCUCCAGAGAUUUAUUUCUUAAACCAAUGAAAAAUUUAGACUAUACAGAAAUGAUUAUGGAUUCGGCAUUUUGGCCUCAUAAUCCUCAGCUUUUAAAGGAAAUGACAAGCGUUACAAUGAUUUCGUGGUCCCCAGAAGGAGUAACAAGAAAUAACGAACAUGUGCUGGCCGUUUUGACCAAUAUAGGCAAUAUAGAAUUAUUUGGUCCACAUAUAAGCUAUUACGAAAGUCUAUUCAAUUUAUCGAAAGCUAUUAAAGUUUAUGUAAGUAAAGGAAUGGAGACUCCGAAGACUAUAGAAGCACUAAAAACUGCAGUAAAAGCUAUACAAACUAUUUCUUUUUGUUGGGGACCUAAACUAUUCAACAGUUCUUUUUACUUUGUUACUGCACAGAGAAAUGGUAAUAUUCUAAUUUGGCUAAUACAUUUCAAGCAAGAAGUAAAAGCGGAACUUAGAGGUGUGAUUGAAACCGAUGAAGAAAUACAUACAGUAAUGUGGUUACACAAAUGUGAUGAUUCCUUUUUGCUGAUCUGCUCAAAUGUAUCUGGACAAAUUAAUGUAUACGAUUGCCAGAAUGCAGAAAAUCUGCUUGUCACUAACACAGCUUGUUUGUGGACUUAUAAAGAUAGAAUGGUAGCAAAACACAUAGUACACACUGUCAUAGAUAACAAAAUUGCUUUGGUCUUUAGUAAACAUCGCCAUUUAAUAAUAUUAUUAUUAGACAAAAAUUACAACAUACUUUCUCAAGUUGCAAGAAAUGUAAAUGAUAAGAGAAUAACCAAUAUCAGAAAAGGGAAACAUUGUGUCUAUCUAAGUACAGUCAAUAGCCAGAUUUUUAAAAUUACAUUCAGCAUUAUGAGUACUGAUUUGAACAUCAAUGUUCAUGCCAUUGAACUAAACCAAUAUCGGAAUUGCGAAUUGUAUAGCUUUGAUAAGUCAAUUAACGAGGCUUGGUGGGUUUUAGGUUUUUUCAACCGACAAGUAUCACAUAGAAAAGACAUUGAUAAACUGGACAUAAUUUUCUUUCAUAAUACGGAACAAAAUGACAUAGAAUUACUGCUGAACAAUCCCACAAAUAAAUUAACAAAUGUCUGGGAUCAUUUACAAAUUUUGAGAUGCAAAGUUAUUAAACAAAGAAUCAUGCCGGAAGUAAAUUUUGUUGAAUUAUACAAAUCGGGCAAUGUAAAUGUGUACAAACAUAAACUCUAUUUACUAUUGUUAACACUGUACUUAAAUUUGAAAAAAUUCUCCAGAAAUAUCAUAAAAGGUUCCUUACCAGAGACCUCAAUCGAAGUUAUUAAAGAAGAAAUUCUAUUAGCACAUGCAAAAAAUGUAAUUAAUGAAUACUAUAAUAGUUAUCAACACAGCAACUGCACGCUGGACCCUUUAAAAUUAAAAUGGUUUGUUGGUGCUAAGAAUUUUAUUGAGUAUUAUUGUACAAAGAAUAGAAAGUAUGUCAGUGACUUGGUUGACACAAAUAUAUGGAAUUUAACUAAAGUGGAAAUGCGGUAUAAGUGUCAGUGUUGUGAUGAAUUUAUUCAAGGAUUAUGGUGUUCACAUCGGCAUCUAAACAUGUUCUGUAUGAUAACAUUUACGCCUAUAGAAAGCAAUGACUACUUGUAUUGUUCAAACUGUAAUAGUACAGCUAGAAUAGAAUUGUAUGAGAAUAAUCCAAUGUGUGUGUUUUGUGAUUUAUACUUAGUGAAAAAUUAAACUUACAUUUAUUUUAAAAUUCUUUUGCUUCAUUUCUCCUAUGACUGUGGUUAAUAGUGUUUUGGCCCCCCUGCAAUAAAAUCUCUAGAAACUUUUGAUGUUCCAGAACGUCUACCCAAUAGAAAGCUCCAUGUCUUAUAGGUACAUGAUAAAAUUUUGCAACAUUUUUAAUAUAACCAUGUAAUAAGUCUAAGCGUGAAGCACAGAGAGCAGGUGCGGGUCUGGCCGUGACCGCAAUGGGUCUUACCGUGUAUUUAUAUGGAGAAGGACAACACACCAAGCGCGGGCGCGCGACGGGGUUGUCCAUAUAAAUACACGGAAUUAGAUAAUAGUUACUUUAUUAUUAUUUGGG